CCGUCUCAGAGACAUGUUCACGGACAUUAGAAAGUCCGGGCAGAGGCCUAAUUGGAUUGGAGAGGGCGUUUGGGCAGAUUUGAGUAGUGCUUGGGCUACCCCGGAGUUUAUAAAAAUGAGAGAGCAGAAUAAACAGAACAGAGCCUCUGACUGCGGCGGUUUAGGAAGCUCUCUUCAUACUGGUGGAUCUGUACCUCAUACAGAACAUAGGCGGCGACUGAAAGCGCACCUGGGUCGGGAGCCAACACCAUUGGAGCUGCAUACAAGAACUCAUCAACAUCAAGCUGACCAGAAGUGGGUUGAUGAGAAAUCUAAGAAGGCUCAUGUGAGUAAAAUUUUUUGGAUUUUUAGAAUAAAAAUUUAUUUUAAUAAAACUAUUUGUAACUUGCAGGAUGAUUUCUUACGAGUUAGAGAAAGUAGGCAGUCCACUGGCGAGGGAUCAUCUUCUGGAUCGGCCCAUACUUCUGAGUAUCAGACAUGGUCAGAAGUUGUUGGUGGAAGACAGAGGGGGAGGGUAUAUGGCAUGGGUUCACAAGCUUUUGCUAUUGAGGGCAGUUCAUACACCUCUGCAUUCCAUGAUCCAAGUGGAGCUGAAGAAUCUGUAAGUGAGAGGGUUGCAGCACUUACUAGAGAGAUUGAAGAGAUGAAAAGGGUUCAAGCUAGAGAGAUUGAAGAAAUGAGGAAGGCUCAGAAUGAAAUGCAAGCAGAGUUGCAAUCCUACAGAGCUGGAAAACAAAGGAAGAAGGACCAACAGGAGCAGCCAUCUGCAGACAGUGAGGAUACCGAUGAUGAUUAGAUGUUUAUUAUGUUUGAUGAAUGUAUUAAUUAGAACUUGU